AUGCACGAUCAAAAGUUCCAGCGAACACGACAGCUAUUUAAUCCAAUAUUAUCACCUUUCGAUCUACCCUCGAUUGAUGAAUCGCUGUAUUUUCCAAAAGUAAAAGAAUCAGAUAACGAUUCUAUAAUUUUGUAUACAAACUUGCUGAAUUCAUUGUAUCGAAAGAAUACACAAUUAAAUCCCUCAAACUUCGAAGGGUUCACACUGAAUGAGCUAGUCACAAAAGUUAUAUCCAUCAUAAGGAAUAUGAUGUGUUCACAAAGUGAAUUUCAGGCAUUUCGAAUUAAAGAAAUACUGCAAGUUGGUAGCUUCAAGAAUGGGACAAUGAGAAGUGGUAAGAAUGUUGCUGACAUUUUGAUAUUAGUGGAUCGAAUUCCAUCGCUAAUGCUUAUUCAAGAAAUGUCUGUUCGAAUCCAUGCACUACUGAAUGACAUGCAGAGUAUUCAAAUCGUCCCAAAAUGUGAAUAUUUGAGCAUAGAAAUGACUCAGAAGGGAUUUGACAUCUACAACGACAGCGCUCGUGUAUCAGUCUUGAUUGGCACAUAUCCUCAAAAUGUUGACAAAAUAUUGGAUGAAAAGUUAAGAAUAGCAGUUAAGCAUAAUAUAGCUGCUAUUCACCAUUCAAAGUUCCUGGAAGAAAAUUCAAAUCCAUUUGCAAAAAUCUUGUCACGAGUCUUGAAAUUUAUCGUAGAACGAAAUGUGAAACUAUCUGCUAUUAAUCCGUGGAUGGUUGAUGCAUUAGCAUGUUAUUCAAUAUUUUCAAACUACUUGAAUCAGCCAUUAAGUUUAAAUCAAGCUUUUUUAAGAGCUUUUCAAUUGCUAUCAGCUGGAAUCUUCACCAUUUCGUUCGGUGUACCUGAUCCUUGUAAAAACUUCCAGUUAAGCAUCAAUCAGCAUUUAUUGGCUACAGAAGAAAUGGAUAUAAUUGAAGCAGCACAAGCUAUUUUGAACAAAAUUUUAGCUGGAAAGGUUGACGAAGUUUUGGAGCUUAAUGAAUAA